AUGGAGGGCCACCCAUUACAACCCGGGGAGCGAAUACCCGCAAUUCAGCAAUAUUUAGCACGAUGGACAGCCCAAAUUCAUCCUGUGAAAUCACCAGAGGAAGAGUUUCAAGAAAAUAUCAGGAUAGCCCAAGAUUCCUUCAACAGCCUCACACACUCGUCGCAAAACUCAUUCGACAAACUCGAUGAGAUUCUCGGCUGUGGAGCCCGCAUUAAAGAGCUUAUGGCACUACAUGAAGAUAGUAAGGAACAAAAAGAGCAAGAAUAUCAGAAAAAGCUUGAGGAACAGGAUGAGUCUCUGUUUAUUGAAUUUAUGGACCUAUUUGGUCCUGAACGUGGUAACACGUUAUACAAGAUUUCGUGCGACCGGGUCAGUCACGCUCCUUCUGCUCAGUCAGACACUAUACCAAGCGCCGUCGAUACCCACCAACCCGAAGACACAACUGCCUUGUGUCUCGCUCCUACACAAGACCCUCUCGCCCAGCCGACAAGCACGAACGACUCCGUACCUUGCCCUUCCAACGCCGAAAAUGCAGGCGACCCGACCACCCACCCGAACGAACUGCACAGAAUCGAACAGAAUACCCCAUCAGGUCCCCAAAAGAGACCAGUCGACUCUCAAAGAUCCCCCGAAUCUCGUCCGACCCGUCCAACGAAGCGCGUUCGAUCCGAUUUAGCACAAGGGCCUCUUACAGGCGACAGAACCAUUGAGUUCGACCAAGUCUACCAAAACGGCCAGGCCGAGCCCAAAUAUGUCAUCGUCAAGCAUGAAGAGUUCUGGUAUGUCCUCGAGUGCAAGAAACACAGACUGCACUUCAACAAUCAUCCCAUUCGCGGUGCUCAGAAGCAUCUUCGAGGUAAGAAGCAUAACCAAACUUCUGUCAAUUACGAAGAAGCCAUUCGCGCUCUCGGGACUCUUGUUCUCAACUGCACCGAAGAGAAAGCUGCUGAGAAUAAUGAGGUUGCGCGAAGACCUUCCUACUCUCAGAUGGGUCGGCCUGUCAAUAGUAUUUCUCCCUCAGUGGCUCACAGCCUUCCUACGCGGAGUAACCAGAACCGCACGGAGAUUGAUCCCCAGCCUGGAGAGGUGUGCACGACCUUUUGGAGCGAGACAAAGCAAUUCUUUGCCAUUCUGGUUCUGCCUUGGCAUAACGUCGGAAAUAUUGGUAAAGAUCUAUCGCUCACUGUCAAGGACACUGAGUUGAUCAAACAUGUCCCAUUCUGUUAUCGAUACAACCACGUCGACGAGUCAUACGAAUGGGCUCCGCAUUUCCGCCCUGGUGGAGAGUCAUACCGGAAGAGGAAAUAUCCCAUUAUGUAUUUUGAUGCGCUGGUGUUUCCAGGGCAAUGUCGCGUUUCUUGGGUUGCUGCACGCGACUUUCAGUUAUACGAUCCCCAGGUUGCUACUACCCCGUUCAAAGACAUCGUGGAUGGCUAUAUUACAUCAAGGAAUAACAGUAGUGAUCAAGCAGCCCCCCAUAUCGACGCUGGACAAGGAGGCCUUAGCGAUGACCGACCGACAGCCGAAAUAUUCCCCCGCGAAGAACAAGUUACAGGCGUCCCCGGCCGAGAGAUCAUUAUCAUCGAUGAUGAAAGUGACGAUGAUACAGAACGUAGUGAGCCACUGCAUGAUACACCCGCCAGGGCCCUGGUUCCCAAGGCCGAGCCUCAGGAGGAGCCUACGAUGGUUGGUAACGCCCAGCAAGAUCCAAGCCCCAACCACGGCAAUGCGUCUUCUCAGUAG